UAUAUAGAACUGUCAUUUCAAAAGAAAUAUGUAAAUUCACACAGGAAGUAAAUAAACAAUGUAACUGGUGCCAUAAUGAACCCUGAAGGAGCAAUUAAACCACAUAUACCAUUCCUAAAUGAAUGUUCGCAGGAAAUAAGAAAUGUAUUCUUGAAAAUUGGAUUAAGUGUAAUGCAGUCUUCGCAGGACAGGACUAAAGUGUUAGAUAAAAUAUCACAUGAAUUAAAUAUCGAAAAACAUAAGCUUGUUGAAUUAAUUGCCAUUUAUGUUGAAAUAAUAAAGUUAUUCCUUAUUACAAGUGAUAAGGACUUCAAUGCACAAUUAGGACAGUUUGGUUUCAACUCGGAAUUCAUUGAAGAAUUGCCACUGGUUCCUAAUAGAAAGGAAGUACACAGUACUAUUCUAAAAUACUAUAAGAUGGAAAAGAGGAAUUUAGUUGAUUUGAAAUGGACAAUUGAUUUAAGUUUAUAUAAUGAGUUUGCUAAUAAGAAUGUGAAAUAUGUGAUUAUUCAAAUUAGUACCAACAAUGGAAAGAAAACUACUUUGAAGGUGGAUAUCAAAUCAUUUCAUAAGCUAAGAUAUAACAUUUCCUUGAUAUUGAAGGAAAUGACUAGAUUAAAAGGAAUGUUAACUUAAAUAAAUAAUUUAUGAAAUUGAUAUUAUAUUGAAAUGUUAUAAUGAUAACAAUGUUAUGUAUUUUUAUUGAAAUAAAGUUUUAAUUUAUAAUUA